ACCGGCGCUAAGGGACAGUCAACCGUUGCCAGCUCUUACCGGAACACACCGCGUUUUUCACCGGAUAAUCGCCGAGCAAAUAAUUUUUAGCGAGAAUGAACAAAAUUCUGUGGGUGACCUUGGGCGCGCUGGUGCUGGCCGGUCUCAUCUCCACCUCGGAAGCCCUUUUCAGCGGCAGCAAACACUGCACAUGGCACGGUACCGCCCCGAUCUGCAUGCCCUCGUGCCCGAAGGAUAAGAAGAAGAUUCCCGGCACGGAGUCCAAGUGUGGUCCCAACGCCGUGGCCUGCUGCAUCACCAACAAGAAGUUCGUCUGCUGUCCCAACGAAUGGCAGGGCAACGCCGCCAACGCCAUGGCCGUCGCCAAGGAAUAAACUGCCCUAACACACCGAACUCGAUCCUGGAUAACAUGCAAUCUCCUUUCUACUUCUCCUUCUCCGAUAACCAUGACCGGCGUACUUUGCGAUUGCUUUAUUCGGCUGGUUGUUUCGAUGUCUUAUAUAAUUAUUGUGCUUUCUCGGUUACUCAAUUGCAUUGUCUUCAUUAAUGUCAACGGUUUGUACUACAAUUUACCGCUCCUUGUUGGAGAGAAAGCGUAAAAUAAAUUUUCUCAGCAACAGG